CUGAUGAUGAUGCACUGAAGAGGAGGCACUGCGAAAGCUCCUGCUCUGUUGUCAGCCCUUAAAAAGCGGAGAUUGAGGUGCGGGGGUCUCUCUGUGUCUCGGAAGGACUCCCCCAGCUCUUUCAGGCGACCUACAUCAGAGAGGAGCGAGGAGGCCUGCCUGCUAAGUGCAUUGGAAAGUAAGGAGGGGAAGGGAAGGGAGCGGAGAACUGGACCUGCCAGCCUGCUUCCAGCGAAAAGUGCUUCAGAUGGAAAAGGUCACAUGAAUCAAUAGUUACGCUUACGUGUGCCUAUUGACUCAAAUUGUUGCCGUCACAUCUAGUUCUUUCCAAAUAUAUCAGUCUUGCCCUGCCAGAGAGGGCUGCUGUACCAGAAAGAUGAAUGUGGGCACAGCUCACAGUGAAGUGAACCCAAAUACCCGUGUUAUGAACAGCCGCGGCAUAUGGCUCUCCUAUAUCUUGGGAAUUGGCCUCCUGCACGUGAUUUUGCUCAGCAUUCCUUUCUUCAGUGUCCCUGUCGUCUGGACGCUAACUAACCUCAUUCACAACAUGAGUAUGUACAUCUUCUUACACACUGUGAAAGGAACGCCAUUUGAGACUCCUGAUCAGGGGAAGGCCCGGCUGCUCACCCACUGGGAACAGAUGGACUAUGGAGUGCAGUUGACAGCUUCUCGCAAGUUCUUGACUAUCACACCAAUUGUACUUUAUUUUCUUACCAGUUUCUACACAAAAUAUGACCGGAUACAUUUCAUCAUCAACACCAUCUCUUUGAUGAGCGUCUUGAUCCCCAAGUUGCCUCAGCUGCAUGGUGUCCGUAUCUUUGGAAUCAACAAGUACUGAGUUUGGGCGGGGGGGUCUUUUUUCUCCCUUCCCCACUUUUCUGGUGAUUGUGAUAUACCAGAGUGAGAAUCCCACUUUUUUUGUUCUGGCUGCAUCUUCAGGUUAGGAUUGCAGGAGAGCUCUUUUUUUUUUCAAUGGGUACAUUGCACAGGAUUGCAAAAACCAGCAAAAUAUAACCCACCCUGGGCUUGCAAAGAGACAAGAGGAAGCUGAAACGUGUGAUAAUUAAUCUUGUUAUUAUAUCUUCUCAAGAAUCUGAAAUUAGAUGCAGGCACACACUACUAUAUAAACGGUACUCAUCACUUGUUCUCUGGUAGGAAAGGAUUCUGGUUCAGAAGAAUAAUAAAAGCAUUAUUUGAAGUGACAUUCAUUUAAGAUGAUAGCAAAUGCACUUUAACAUCAAACUGUCCCGUUGUGGGAGUUUGACUUGCUCAUUGAAAGGGCUACGUCAGAAAUAUUAAGCUACAGCCUACGAAAAGAAUAGUCAGAUUUCUCUCAAUUGUUUAUAAAUACCUUUAAUGAAGUAGAGGCAGGAUUAGAGUAGAAGAAGAGAAGAAAGAAGCAGAGGAAGUGCUUGCCACUGGUUUUGCAGUGGGCGCUGAGGUUUGAAUCCCAGCUUCCCCACUGGCACUCCUGGCCAGAGAAUUAUUGGGUGAAUGACCAGCCUCUUGGAGCACAAAUGGCUUACUGUGAAGUUACAUGAGAGCAGAGGGGAAGAAGACAAGGAAUGUGGCUUAAAAAGAUAUAUAUAUAUAUAUCAGGGCCUCAUUUCCAAUAUUUUUCUCUUUGUCAGAAAUCCAACAGUAGUAGUUAGAUUAUUAAGAUCUAUUGUUGAUUACUACUUAUUUAUGACAGUGCUGAAAUUCAAAAGCUAGUGUCUCUCAUUACUCAUUGUGAUGUCUAGCAAAGGUGAUGGGUUUGUUUUCUUUGUACCUACCAUCCAUAUGGUGGAACAGAUUUUGCAUAAAUAUAUCAUUAUGUUAAAAUAAAAAUGAUUUUGUGUCUAGCAGCAAUGGCGCAUCUAGUAUGAUAUAGUCUUUACUUUUAAGGAUUGCUUGCUUUUAGCCUGUUUCUCAUCAACAAUACUGGUUACUGUAAGAAAGGAAAAUGGGUUUUUAUUUGGUUAACAUCAUUGUUAACCUAUAAUUUCUUCAAAAAGCUGCAAAAGGAAAAGAUCCAUUUAAUAACACAAGUUUCCUCAGACUUCCUACUUUCCAGAUAUGUUUCACGUCGAUUAUGCUAGUUGGAGAGCUACAUGAGUUGAAUCUUCACACUUCUAGAAGGCAUAAUUUGAGGGAAAGACAUUGCUAUCUGGGUGUUUUCCUUCUGCAUCUUUUUAUUAGGGUGUAAGGAGAAGAAAGAAAACACAAACAACACUAGAAGCUUAAUACAUUAAGAUAUGAGACAUCGACUUUAUUAAAAAAACAGGUCAGGCUGCACUUGGGCAAUGAAAAUAUUUUGGGAAGGAUGAAUUUUGAUGAUCAAUAUCUUGGAUAUAUGAAGUUGCUUCUUAUUAUUAAGCAUGCAUCCUGUAAGAGGAGUAUAAUUUAAUGACCCCCCACCC